AUGCUAGCCUGGACCGCGCUUGGCUUGGCCCUGAGCUUGCGGGUGGCGCUGGCGCAGAGCGGCGCCGAGCGCGGUCCCCCGGCAUCAUCCCCCCAGGGGGACCUGCUGUUCCUGGUGGACAGUUCGGCCAGCGUGUCUCACUACGAGUUCUCCCGGGUUCGGGAGUUCCUGGGGCAGCUGGUGGCCCCUCUGCCCUUGGGCCCCAGGGCCCUGCAUGCCAGCCUAGUGCAUGUAGGCAGCCAGCCGGACACUGAGUUCUCCUUUGGCCAGUACAACUCAGGUGCAUCAGUUCAGGAUGCCAUCCGGGCUGCAACCCAGCGCAUGGGUGACACCAACACUGGCCUGGCACUGGCCUAUGCCAAGGAGCAGCUGUUUGAUACAGCAGCCGGUUCCCAGCCAGGGGUGCCCAAGGUGCUGGUGUGGGUGACAGAUGGUGGUUCCAGCGACCCCGUGGGGCCCCCCAUGCAGGAGCUCAAGGACCUGGGUGUCACUGUCUUCAUCAUCAGCACUGGCCGAGGCAACCUCCUGGAGUUGUCGGCCGCUGCCUCAGCCCCUCCUGAGAAGCACCUGCACUUUGUGGAUGUGGAUGACCUGCACAUCAUCACCCAGGAGCUGAGGGACUCCAUUCUCGACGCGAUGCAACCACAGCAGCAGCUCCGUGCCUCUGAAGUCACGUCCAGUAGCUUUCGCCUGGCCUGGCUGCCCCUGCUGACCGCCAAGUCUGGCUACUACUUGCUGGAACUGGUGCCCAGCGCCGAGCCGGGAGUAGUGCGUCGCCAGCAGGUGCCGGGGAACGCCACAGGCUGGGUCUGGGCCGGCCUAGAGCCGGACACGGACUAUGACGUGGCGCUGGUACCUGAGUCCAACGAGCUCUUCGUGGGGCCGCAGCACCUGCGUGUUCGCACACUGCCAGAGGAGGCUGGGCCGGAGCGGAUCGUCAUCUCUCACGCCAGGCCGCGCAGCGUGCGCGUGAGCUGGGCCCCGACGCUGGGGCCUGCCGCAGUGCUCGGCUACCACGUGCUGUAUGGGCCACUGCAGGGCGGCACUGCCCAGCGCGUGGAGGUGCCUGCGGGCCAGAACAGCACCACACUGCAGGGCCUGACGCCCGGCACCGUCUACCUGGUCACCGUGACUGCGGCCUUCCGCUUAGGCCAGGAGCGCGCACUGUCAGCCAAGGCCUGCACGCUCCCAGGGGAGCGCAGCCGCGCCCUACCCCUCCCAGACACCAGGGCUCGGGGGCCGUGA